GUUUUCCUCUGCACAGGUUUUGAUAAAUCUCCCCCAUAGAGAUCAUUCCCAGUAUGAGAUUUGUUCCCCUGCAGUCCAUACAUCUCCAGCCCGUGCACCUUCUCAUCCUCCCCUUCAGAUAACACUUAUCUUCUCUGUGAGGUCCUUCUCCUGUGCAAACCUGAGUCUUUAAACUACAGAGCAGGGGGAGGGGAGGUGGGGAGCUGUUUACUCAGCUGGAUGAGAUGAGGGGGCGUGGCUUAUUUUUCCCAUGCAGACAGAGAGAGAGAGAGAGAGAGAAAAAAAAAAAAAAAGCUGUGACAUCUUGUCCACAACAGACUCAAAACUGUGGACAACAUUAAAAGAAAACCCUCUGAACUACAGAACUUCCUGCCCAACAAAUAGGUAUAAUUUGCAAACCUCUUCAGGGAAAGAAUUAGUGCAGAGUUUUGGAUUUCCUAACAGAUUCAGCACACAAGAUACAUUACUGCAAACGGAGAAUCAGGAUCUAUAUUACAACAUUGUAAGAAAAGAGACAAUGAGCAGAGAAGUGACACACGAAAGUAAUUUACCCCCUCAAAGUAACAUGAAUGUAACCAAAAAUGGCAGCACUUGUAUUCUGUUUGGAGCCAAGAGAAUAAUAAUCAGAUUUAAGAAUCAAACUCAGCUUGACCUGACCAAUACAAAUAUCAGUCUGCAUGACAACAUGGAUGUAGAGGAAUCAAACUGCAAUGAAGAAAAUUCCACACUUACUCUAAAGUUUAUCAAGGUUGGACUUUUAAAGGGACUUGCAUUAAGAUUUUUAUUGGUAAAAAGUUACUACAAACUGUCUGUACAGAACUGGUACAAACUGCAAAGUGUACAGAUACUUCUCAACCAUUCGGUGCAAGCAACAUUCAAUACCUCCAGAAUAUUUGCUCCAAUCAGCUAUUCCUACCAUUGUAAACACGUCAGCAGCCUACAGAAACACGAUGCAUUGUUAGUCCCCAGCUCUGCUGAAAACAGCUCAAGACUAUGGGAUGUCACUUUCCAGGAUUUUCAGAUACAAGGUUUUAAUGUUGAAGAUGGUGAAUUUGCCUAUGCCAAGGACUGUGCGACCUACUUUUCACCAGCAAUUCUUAUGGGUCUAGUCAUGUCACUUAUCCUUCUACUGGUCUUGGCUUAUGCACUCCACAUGUUGCUACAUCUGAAGUCAAUGGACAGACAUUACCAGAGAAAAUGCUCUGCUACCUAUUUUCCUAAAAUGAAAGACAGUUACCUGGAGGAUGAGAGAGAGCCCCUCCGAGGCUGCGGGCAGGAAUUCUAUGAGCUGAAGCAGCCGGAGUACUGUAGACUAAGCAUUCAGCAGUGUGCAUCUGUUUCACAUUAGCUUUAUAAUUGACCAUUGUUCCCCUUUGUGUAUUUCUGUUAUUCUGAUUUCACAUUAAACACAGUUUCCAAGAAA